GCUCAGAUAAAGAGAGAAAAAUCGAUCUAACAAAAAGAAAAAGGGUGAACCUCAGAAUUCACUCAGGCAGUGACUCACACUUGAAACCCUAGGAUUAACAGUCCUCAUCUGAUCCGGAGAAAACUAUGGCUGACGAGAAAGUGAUCGCGUCGCCGGAAAAUGGUCCUGCUGUAGCUGCUGCCACUGUCACCUCCGACUCCACCGCCGCAGACGGCCACAAGAGGAAGCUUGGUGAUUUGGAGCUUAGCAACGUGACAGAGCCAGUCUCGGAGUCCGAGAACAACGCGAACCCUGACACGCUGAAUAAUGAGGUGCAGGAGGAAGAGGAGAAUGGGGAAGCAGAUGAAUCCGAGUCUAAACGACCCCGUUUGGAGAGUAAUGGAGACAAUGUCACCGGGGCCGAGGCAGAGGGUCUAGUGUCACGUAAUGGACACCAAGAGGAGGAGAAGAAAGAUGAGCCUGAGAAGGAUGAAAUUGAACCUGUGCAGCCAGAGUCUGCUGAUGCUAAUGUUGAACAUGUGGAGAAUCAAGAACCUCAUAAAGAACCUAUUGAUCAAGAACCUCCUGAAACUCUUGAGACAGUUACUCAAGAACCAACUUCUCAUGAGAAUGAGAAAACUGAGCUCAGCAGUUUGGAUGAACUAGGACAACCAAAUGCAGAAAAUGAUGAACCUUCUGAACUUCCUAGAGAGGGGGAUGUCCCCGUUUACUCUGCUGAAAGGCAGUCUGGCUCGGGCAGGCAAAUACUGUCUCGCAAGAUGGAAGUUCCAAAUGACAAGGUUGGGGUCCUCAUUGGAAAAGCAGGGGAAACUAUUCGUUCCCUGCAGGACAAUUCAGGUGCCAAAAUUCAGAUUAUGAGGGAUGCUGAUGCAGAUCCACGGUCUACCACAAGACCUGUGGAAGUAGUUGGAACAUUAGAAGAUAUAAACAAGGCUGAGAAGUUGAUAAAGGAUGUAAUUGCUGAGGCUAAUGCUGGAGGGUCGCCUUCUCUUGUUGCUCGUGGAUUCAACACUGCGCAGGCUGCCAGCGGUGGUGAACAAGUUGAAAUUCAAGUACCAAUUGAAAAGGUUGGUUUAAUCAUUGGGAAGGGUGGAGAAACAAUUAGGAACUUGCAGACUAGAUCAGGGGCACGUAUUCAGUUGUUACAACAAAACCUUUCUGAUGGAGAACAACCUAAGGAAAGGACUGUCCGCUUCAGUGGAAAUAAGUGGCAGAUUGAUACUGCUAGGGAAAUGAUCAAAGAUGUUAUGAAUCAGACCAUGAGGUCUUCACCUCUAUCUGGUGGAUACAGCCAGCAGGGUCGUCCUCCACGUGGGCCCGCUGCUCCACAAUGGGGACCUCGUGGUUCGCAUCAUGCACAAUACUCUGGUUAUGAUUAUCCACAGAGAGGGACAUAUCCUUCUCAAAACUCCCAGUAUCCACCUUCAUCUUACGGUAAUUAUCCUCCGCAACAGCCUCCCAGGAGCAACUUUGGUCCACCAAGUUGGGAGCAAAGGCCACCAGCAUCAAUGCAUGGACCCUCACCCCAGGGCAAUUACAACUACGGGCAGCAGGCGGGCCCAGAAUACGGACAUCCAUCUUCAUACUCUCAGGCACCUCCUCCCCAACCAUACAGCCAUGGAUACAACGAGGCUAAAUACGGGAACCAACAGCAUUAUGGGCCUCAACCAACACCAUAUGACCAACACAGUAAGCCACCAAUGUACAACAUGCAGCAGCCACCACAAGUCCCUCAUUCUCAACCCUACAGGCCCAACCAGCCUGUGGAAGCCCCUUAUCAAGGUGCCCCGUCAUCAGCCCAACCAUACGGUCAGAACAUGCCACCUCAGCAACCUUAUCCUUACCCAUCCACGCAACAGAGUUAUCCUCCUCCUUACGGCUCUGCACCACCCAGCGAAGGAUAUGGCCACCCACCCGCCAUGGCGCAAUCCGGGUCCGGAUACGGGCAGCCCAUCGCAUACGGUCAAGCCGGGCCUCAGCAGCAGCAGCCACCGCCCGCUGCAUAUUCUCAGGCGGGCCCAACCGGAGGCUACGGCUCGUACCCGGUGCCUCAGCCUGGCGGUUAUUCCGAGCAACCAGCUGCUGUGGCUGCCGGUUAUGGGUAUCAUCAGGUGCAGCCGGACCCAGCUACAUAUGGCGCACCCCAGGGUCCAGCUGCUGGUUAUGCUGUGGGCCAGGCAGGCGGCUAUGCCCAGCCAGCCCAGGCCCAGGCCCAGGCCCAGACUGGGUAUGAUCAGUCGGGUGGAUAUGCAAAUGUGCCGGCCCAGGCACCGGCAGGCGUUUCGCCACAGGCUGGGUAUGCACAGCAGUAUGAUGCUAGCCAGAUUUAUGGUCGUUAAGAGGUGUGGUCUCUGAGGAGAUGAUAUUAUGGGCUGAGAUAAAGUGGGCUGCUAUUUUGAGUAGCAUACAGUAUGUUUUCUUUUUUGUGACCAUCAUUUUCCCGGACUGUAGAGACCUUGGAAAAUGUUUUUACUUCUUAGAGAUCGAAUUUUGAUAUUUUGGCUUGUUAUUUAGUUAGAACUUGUAAUUGAAGGUCUUUCUGAGUACUUCCAUCUGUCCACGGCGUGCACCUGGAGGACCUGUGAGACCAGGGCAAAUGGCUGAUUGUAUCAAUCACUUCAACUUGAACUUUCAUUUAAUUACAAUUCUCUCUCUCUCUCUCUCUAUCUC